UCUGCGGAGGAAGGGCCCAUGGAGGGCAGGGUGCAGGUGCCACGACAGCCAGCCACCUGCAGCCCUGCCUGGCCCUGGCUGUGUCCAGGGCCUGCUGCCCCUCCAGCUACCUUCUCGCCCCUGUUUGCCCCUUUCUGCGCCUUGCCCUGGCUUUGUGCCUCACCCCAGCUCCCAGAGCAACUGGCAGUGGGCCCAGCUGGGAGCCUCGGCCAGACCUCGAGCUUGACCCUCGUUAUCCCACUUGACCCUCUCGGCUGUGUGUCGGCUGCAGCGGCCCCAGGGGCUCCGACGCGGGCUGGAGCGGGGCUUGGGAAGGAAGGAGCCCAGAGCCCCGAACAGGAGCCACCUCUGUGCCUUUGUGCCACUCCCGCCACCACAGUGUGGCAUCUGCAGCCCCAGGGGCCCAUCCCCUCGAUGGCCAGGCCUGCUCACACCCAGCCUGAUGCCUCCGAGCCGCUGAGCCCCAGGCACAGCUGCCCCAGAGCCCAGCAGCUCAGGCCUCUGUCAGAGAUGCUUUGUCUGCCGGGAUUCUCAGGAAUCCUGAGUCUGGCCCACCCCACCUCUGCCCAUCUGAAAGCCGGGGUGACCCUCCAACAGCACCCAGCAGGCCUGUGACACCCAGGCAAGACCUCUUCCUCUUGCCAUCCAGGCCCUGAGUGGCCAAAAAUUCUUAAGGGACAUUUUUGACACUCAGAAUGUGACAUUUUACGCCUGUUAAAGCCCUGUCCCACUCAGAGUAGGUCACAGCCAGUUGCGUCCGUGGCGGGAAGCUGGGCGCAGUGUGUCCCGAGCCUGCGGUCCUGCACCGUCCCGAGCUGCGGACAACAGAGCAGCAGGAGGGGACGCUGGCCCGAAAACAUGGCUAAGCAGCUAUGCCAGAUGGUUAACACACACCCAAGGCAAGUGGAUUUCCUCCCAGAGGAAUAGACUAAUUUUCUAGGACUCAAAGCCUUGACCUCCAGCAGUCUUCAGCCCUUCGCCCUUUCUCUACUAGAAGACCCCUGCUGGUCUCCCCAUGUACUGCAGCCCUGCUCUAUCAGCCCCGUCACCGGCUCGUCCAAGAGGGGAGAGGGUCUCCAUCCUUGAUGCUCGGAGUGAAGUCAGCAGAUUCCCAAGCAUGUGAGACACGUAUGUGGCUUAACAGCCUGAAAUAAACAGCUUGCUCUGGAAUCAUAA